AUGUCGGUUCCCGGAAUGGAUUUUGAUAUCCGAAACUCCGAUAUAAACUCCGCUGGCAUUCGUCGCGCUGGUCGUCGUGGCUCCACCAAAUCCCAAGUUGUGGGAAAUACUGGCCCGAGCCCAGCUGUGAAGGCCAAGUUGAGAUCUGCUUCUGCGGCCACGCCCUCCCAGCAACCGGCAGAUAAGAUCAUUGUUUCCAACCUCCCUCCUGAUGUGAAUGAGGCUCAAGUAAAGGAGCUCUUCCAUUCAACUGUUGGCCCCCUCCGCGAGGUAACCCUUCACUACGACAGCAAUGGUCGCUCCAAGGGCGUUGCCUCUGUUCACUUCCAGAGGAAGGGCGACGGCACUUCUGCAUAUAAUCAGUACAACAACCGACUCAUCGAUGGCAGUUAG